AUGAGGUGGAUUGGAGAGGGUAAUGAUCUAUUAUUCGGAAGGAAGUUUAGAGAAACCAUAGAUUUUUUUUCACAAGAUAUACUAUUGCAAGGUGAUACUGAUGAACAUCAAAUCAUUCAUCAUGAUUUUGCCGAACCAUACACUGAAAUACAUUUCCAUGCUUCAUGCUCUCACUGGAAUGAUUUAUUGCUUAAAAUGGUUUUGAAGUUUCUAUCGAUAUGUAUCAGUGAACGGCUUUUUGGUGUUUGUACACCAGUGUUACAGAUAGUUGAUAAAGAUCUCUUUCUUAAUGAUUGCUUGCCAGCACAUUUGUUUACACCAGUUGCAGCAAUAUAUUUUGGAAAUAUGGUGAACAAUGGCAAAUUUUUAGUGCAUUUUCGCAGAACAUGCCCUAAUGAUCUAAAUAUCAUUUUGCAACAAUCUUUGGUAUUUUCUAAGUUAAUAAAUGAAGAAGUGGAUUAUCCAAUGGUAGUAAAUUUUGAAUACGAUCGUAAUUUAUGUAUUAUUCGCUUCGCAGUUCUUGAUGGUGGUUACGCGUUUAAGAACAAUGAAUUUGAACGAAAGCAUAAUUUUACAAUGCAGAACUGUGUUCCUGGAUCAAUUUAUUCUUUAAAAAUAAAAUUUUGUUCGAUUCGAAGGGUAAUUGUUGAUAUUAUGAAGGUGGAAGAAAAAAAUGAAUAUAAAGUUCGAAUUUUUUUUCGACUUAAUUAUCCUUGUGAAAUUCGAAAGUUCAUGAAAAAACCUGGAUGGAUUAUAUAUUCAGAUGGCGAACGGCACAGAUCAUUCCCUGCAUUUGAUAAAGACUAUAAAGAUAAUUGUUCUGCAAUAAAUGAUAGCCCAAUGAUUUGCAUUGAAUUGACAAAUGAUUCGACUGAAAAGACGUUAUAUGAAAUAAUCAGCAGACUUCAAGCACGAUUGAAACUGCCUAUAGAAUUCGCAAACAUUGAUGUUGAAUUUUUCUCUGUUUCAAAAUAUGCAAAUAUGCCUGUGCGUGUGAUAGGCUGUGAUUAUCGCCGAAUUGCUUGUGAAGAAGAACUUAUAAAAAGUUGUCAAGAAUAUGUGGUUCCGGAACCUAAAAACGUGGAUCCAUGGUGUGUUCAGCAACUUCGUGGGUGUAAUGAAUUUGGAUUGGAAUACCUUAUUGCAGCAUUGUUGUCUCGUGGUGCAAUUGUGAAGGAUCAAAUAUUGAUUUCGGAGAGAGCUCGAGAUAAAUUCAUUGGUCAUAUUGUAUCAAGUUUCAUCGAUGAUAAAUUGCUCACGACUGAAGUAUUAGAAAAGCUCAUUACGUUGGUUGAUGAGAUGAGGGAAACACCUCCAUUACUAAGCACCUUUAAACGACUUCGACAACAGAUUCUUUGCAAGAAAGAUUUGCUUUUCGAAAUAUAUGAAAAAAGUGAACGCGAAGGUUUUCAAAGAGUACGUAAGGCCAUAAUUACUCCUACACGAAUGAUACUUGUGGUUCCUGAACUGUUAAUGGGAAAUCGAGUUUUACGAGAAUUUGACGAAACCGGUGAUGGUGCUCUACGAAUUCAAUUUCGAGAUGACGAUGGAUCACAUUUGAGACGUCAAAAUGCGGGAGAAUAUAUUAUUCAAACAACAGUUCACAAUGCCCUUUUACAUGGAGUCCAUAUUGGCGAACGAAGUUUUGUGUACCUUGCUUCAUCCAAUUCUCAAAUGCGUGACAAUGGGUGUUAUUUCUUUGAUGAUGGUGCGGGUGGACAAGCACAAAAAAUUCGCGAUAGACUUGGAAAAUUUGAUCGCACGAAUAUUCCUAAAUUGAUGUCUCGAAUGGGUCAAUGUUUUACUCAAUCAAAGGCAUGUGGUAUUGAAUUAAAGCGAAAACGCUAUAAUAAGAUACAUGAUAUUAUCGGUGGUAAAAAUUCCGCUGGUGAACCUUAUACAUUUUCUGAUGGAGUAGGAAAAAUAUCACCAGAAUUUGCGGCAAAAAUCUCUCAAGAUAUUGGGCUUAUAGAUUAUGUUCCAAGUUGUUUUCAGUUUCGGCAUCGGGGUUUCAAAGGAAUUUUAUCUGUUGAUCCAGCCUUGCAACGCCGUAAAAAAUGGGCUUUGGAGAAUGGGAUUUGUGAUAACCGUUAUAAGACGAAGAAAAUGAAUGAUCUAGAUGUUAUUUUUCGACCAUCUCAGGACAAAUUUCAUGCCCCUAGGACGGAGAUCAUUGAAGUAGUAAAAUAUGCUUCGCCCACCGCAACGAAUCUUAAUCGUCCUUUUAUCAAUAUUUUGGAUCAAGUGAGCGAAAUGCAAGGGUUUGAUGUUCACAAGCGUGUUACUGACUGUGUGCAUGGCAUGCUGGAUGCACAAUUAGCAGGCCUCGAAAAUAUGUUUUUGAGUGAAGAAAGAUGUCGAAUGCAUUUAAUGGAAUUUCCGUAUCGAAUCGGUAUUCAGAGGUUGUCACAAAGUCGUGGUUUCGCGCUCAUUCAAGAACCUUUUUUUCGUAGUCUUUUAUUAGCAAGCGCCAAAUAUACACUUAAGGUUCAGUUGACUAAAGAACAAAUUUCUAUUCCUGCAAAUCGUGGAAGAUGUAUGUUCGGUAUUCUUGAUGAAACGGGUUUGCUACAAUACGGUCAAGUAUUUGUGCAAUAUACGAACAAUAUUACUUUGAAGACUCCUGGAAAAUACGCAGCAAGAACUAUUGUUCGAGGAAGAGUGCUUGUUACGAAAAGUCCUUCUAUUGUCGCUGGGGAUGUGCGGAUAUUUGAUUCGGUCGAUAUUCCUGAAUUACAUCAUUUAUGUGAUGUUAUUGUGUUUCCUCAGCAUGGUCCUCGUCCACACACAGAUGAAAUGGCUGGUUCUGACUUGGAUGGUGAUGAAUACAUCGUUGUUUGGGAUCCGAGGCUUCAGUUUGAUUAUAAUGAAGCCCCGAUGGAAUAUGAUAAAGCUUCUCGUCUUCCAGAGGAUGUUGACGAUGAGGAAGUGGUGCGAGAAAUGCGACGUUUUUUUGUUGAUUAUAUUAAGCAGGAUUCGAUUGGUUCUAUAUCAAAUGCUUUUUUAGUUAAUUCAGAUUUGUAUGGUAUUACUAGUGAGGUAUGCCGGAGUAUUGCCCAAAAGCACUCACAAUCAGUCGAUUUUCCAAAAACAGGACAACCGCCACAGCCUUUAGUAAAGAUAUGGUCAAAAAUUGAAACAGAUGAUGGGAUUAAAUAUGUACCACCUGAAAGAGCGCAACGAUUUCCUGAUUUUAUGUGUAAGUAUCACGAGCCGAGCUAUGUUUCUCCUCGCCUUGUUGGCGAUAUUUUCAGGCGGAUACAACUGCUUGAUGAGGUAAUGACAGUUGCACUUGCAUCCGAGCAAGUAGCAUAUUCGUUGGAUCCGUUACUGGUUUAUGAUGGUUGGGAAGCAUAUGAGGCACAUGCAACAACAUGUUUCCAUGCUUAUACGGCUCAUUUAAGAGCUUUGUUGGACAAUUAUGGGAUCGACGAUGAAGGUCAGUUGUUCACUGGUUGUUUUAGUAUUAUUCGCAAUCGCAUUAAUGGUCGAGAUGGCGAUGAUAUGUCAUUAUUUAAUACCGGUUUUAUGAUCGAGAUAAAAGUCACCCAAAUAUUCAGGAGUUUUCGACAUGAUUUUUUCCAUGAAUUUGGUGGAUUUAUGCAAAAUACACAAGCUGAGAAACAAGGUCGAGAAGCUAAUUAUGAUAAUGUGGAUCGGCGCUUCUGUAGUAACCCUACCGAAAAAAUGAAGCAAAAAGCUUCAGCCUUUUAUAUCGUUUGUUAUCGAGAAGUGCAAAAUAGCCCAAGGCGGAUUUUAUCUUUUCCUUGGAUAGUUUGGGAUGUGCUUGCUGUUAUUAAGCAGCAUAAUAUGACGCGAAGCGAUCAUAAAUAUAUUUCCUUGGAUCCUCUCAGCGAACGUAUGUCAGAUUUCAUUGAACAAUAUUGUUCGCAAAAUGCUUAUGAUAUGGAAGUAACGAUGAAUACAUUGUCUGAAGGAGACACAGGUCUUCACGCUAUCAAACGUUAUUGCCGUAAAUACGAUGGGUUGGAUAAACUUAUGUUUUUUCUUUGUAAAUGGUCCGAAUUUCAAGAACUCUUGGAGGGUCGUCUCAAACGUGAACAUAUUUGCUUAUUACUAUUACAGUUUGGACUCGGUGCCUUAAGUAGUGAUAACACGCUAGCAGAUGAUUGUCAUUUUUUGGAGAUGACUGAUGAUAUCAUACCUAAUGAUUCUGCUGAAAUCGUCCAUUUAAGUGACAGAAUCGGAGGUCUCGGUCGUUGUUUUAUACAUUUUUUGCGUUAUCUUAGCUCAAGCACAUUUAGAAAAAUAAAAAUGUUAAAUUUUCUCGACCAAAAUUUGGGUUAUUAUUCAAUUUUAUUUCGAGGACAAUGGUUCGAAUUGCAUCGAGCAGCUGUUAAAUCAUUUUAUCGUUUAAUUUUGACCGGUCGAUUUGGAGAUCUGCCUGUGAAUUUAGAGUCCAGUUUACCAGACCUCUCUUACCAGUCUGAUCGAAUAAUCGAAGCUGAACCAUUUACCAUUGAAUUACCUGAAGAUUUGAAAAUUUAUGAUGAAGAUUUGCGUCAAAAAAUGAUUAAAUAUUCUGGCGUUCACCGUUUGCAUUUAAGAAGGAAAUCAGAUUUUAAACACCGAGUUUUUGUAUCAGCAAUGGGCACUAUCGAAGCGAUUUAUCGACUUCAUCUUUUGUUGGCUGUAAAACCUACACUUAACAUAGAAGAGGAUAGUAAAAAAAGAAAUGAUAUGAUGGUGCGGCUAGUAUAUGAGCGAAUUAAAUCUUUGCCAUGA